AGGCUUAGCGUACGACCCGAGUCGCACUGUUCCUUCAGUACUGGUUUGAGUAUCGUGCCGAGCGGUUGAUUUUGACUUUAAGAGUCCGAUCCCGUGUUUUCAAAGACGCCCGUUUGUAGAGAGAAUUGCUACCUAGCAGAGCAGCAGCGAAGCGAACGACGAACUUCCGACGACCAUCUUUCGUAUUUUUUGUGUUUUGCGUUCAAAAAAUAUUUUAAGGAAUUCAAAAUUUACCCCAAGAGAAACCAAAACCCAUUGGAGACAAUGUGCGCGAGACGAAAAUAGUUGAUUUCAUCAAAGUGUAGUGAAAACUGGAAAUAUAAUAACAACAAAAAAACAAGUAGAGAGGUACCCUGUUUCUCAGCCCUUAUGUUAUGAGUGUUGGAACGUCGAGCGAAGAUCUUGUUUUCGCGUGAGUGUUGUUUACCUGUUUGUAUGGAUGUUUCUUAUUAGCUGUGUUUGUGUGUGCGUGCGUGCUUCGCCGACCGAGAAAGAAGCAUGCAAAACUUGGCAAUAAUCAUAAGUUUUCUCGAAGUGAAUUCUUAACUAACAGCCAAAAAAAACUCAGCAAUAAGUUAAGGCUGAGCGGGACGAUUCAACAAGUUAAAAUACUUAAGUGAGUCAAGUUUCGACACGAAGAGCGAAGCAGAAGAAGAAAACAAGUGCCAUCGACAACGACGCAACGACACAAGAAGAAGAAGCGGUUGAAUGUCAAAAGUGAUUUUGCGAGUUUUGUUCAUAACAACCAGUUGAGAAGACAAAGUUGUCUCCUCCCUGUGUGUGCCACUGUGAAACGAGAAGAAAAAAAGCUCCAAGCAGUGACCGUGAAAAGUGAAAUAUGUCCACACAAUCCUACUAUAAGGAUCGACUGGGCUUCGAUCCCCGGGAGGCCUUGUAUGAUAACAACAAUGGGGAGAUAUCUCCGCCGCUGAAGUCGCCCCAGCAGCGACACAGCGUGAGUGGUGGCGGUCCCGGAUACUCCGGAACUGCCGCCAAGCACUACUACAACAAUGGUGGAUCUCCCAGUCCUUCGGGCCAUGCCAAUGUCAAUGCCAAUAACAAUAACGGAGGGGCUGACUAUUACCAGCGAACCCCGGCGAAACGCCAAAAGCACUCCUUCAGCGGGGGUUCGCCCGUUACCGGUUCACCGUUGAACGUGACCAGCCAGGGAGGAUACGAGGAUGCACUGACCCAGUUCAAAGACGAACGAGAUGCCAUACAGAAGAAAACUUUCACAAAGUGGGUCAACAAACAUCUGAAAAAGCACUGGAAGUAUCUCAAGACGUACACCCAUUUACAUGUAUGUGUUGUCAUCAGCGGAAUGCCCUGUUGUCCGCCAGCUGCCUCCAGACGAGUAGACGACCUGUUCGAAGAUCUGCGCGAUGGACACAACCUUCUUUCGCUCUUGGAAGUACUUUCUGGCGAACAUCUUCCAAGAGAGAAAGGAAAAAUGCGCUUCCACAUGCUGCAGAACGCACAGAUGGCGCUCGACUUUCUGCGCUACAAGAAAAUCAAACUGGUCAACAUCCGGGCGGAGGAUAUCGUCGAUGGCAACCCGAAGCUGACGCUCGGUCUGAUCUGGACCAUCAUCCUGCACUUCCAGCUGAAUCGAAAAGACAGCUUCAGCAACCCGCGGAGGCGACAGUUCAUCGCUGCGGCUGACACUGAAAUCUCUGAGCAUCACCCACGCUCUCCACGGAUGCCCGGCAAUGGCACAGCUAAUAGCCGAUUGCGAAUUUCCUCGCCCUCGCCCCAGUUCCGGUGUUCGGAUUUGAAUAUUGCUAUGGACUCGCGAAUGUUCGUGGCCAAAGUAAGAUUAGUGGAGUGGGCUACUGCUACUGUGACAAAGUGUGUGGUGUGGUGUGCGAAAACAAUGUACAAAAUUGACGACGAGUUUCGUCCCCGGGGACGGGUGUUUAUGAAAGCACAGCGAGAACAUGAGCACGAGUACCCGUCCAGUGCCAUGGUUAGCCGGUCCAACUCCCGGCUGAGCGGUACCCAUCGAAGGGGACCGGCCAUCACCACCAAUUUGGACGAUAGCAAUUUGCGCUUUCGGCAUGAAAUUAUGAACGAAAAAGUCAUCGAAGCGACCGUCACGGAACGCCCGACCGUGAUCGAGGCGAUGAAUCGUGAACACUGGAGAGCUCUGCCAUCCUCGAUGAGCUAUGGUAACGAGCUGGUACCGGCGGUGGCGUUGACCAGUGCUAAUGUGGUCGCUGAAGUGACCCGUAAUAAGCGCUACACGACAGAGGUUCUCGGGAAUACGAUGGAAACGACGAGCACUUCACAGCGAGCAACUGAUGGUCAUCGACGGAUGACGACUCAUAUUGUUCGGAAGAUUACCACGCUGACCCGAGCCGAGGAGCAGGCUCACGCGGACAACAAAAUACGCCAAAGUCGCGAUGUGAAGACAACCGAAAUAGGGUAUCUCCGCAUGGGCUCUCAGGACUCCAAGCGUGCCAAGAUUUCCGACAUCGUCGUCGGACAGGAGGACAAUCUAACGGCACGCGAAGCCCUGCUCCGAUGGGCGCGCCGCUCCACAGCCAAAUACCCCGGCGUUCGGGUGAACGACUUCACCGGCUCCUGGCGGGAUGGACUGGCUUUCUCCGCACUCGUUCACCGAAAUCGGCCCGAUCUCAUCGACUGGCGAGACUCGAGAUCGCGCCGACCCCGGGAACGGCUGGAGCAGGCAUUCCACGUGGUGGAACGCGAGUAUGGCGUCACGCGGCUUCUCGAUCCAGAGGAUGUUGACACGAACGAACCGGAUGAGAAGUCCAUGAUCACUUAUCUCAGCUCACUUUACGAUGUGUUCCCGGAGCCACCCCAAAUGCACCCCCUUUUCGACAUGGAGUCCCAGCGAAGGGUACAGGAAUAUCGGGAACUGGCCCAACAGCUACUGUACUGGUGCCGCGAAAAGACAUCCCUUCUGCAGGAACGCGCCUUCCCCACGACACUGAUCGAGCUGAAGCGACUACUGACGGACUUGAAUCGAUUCCGGAGCGAGGAAGUACCACCGCGACAGCGAGAUAAGCAGCGUCUGUUCAGCAUAUACAAAGAGUUGGAAAAAUAUUUCGAAUCCAUCGGCGAAGUGGACGUGGAAACGGAGCUGCGACCGGAAUCGCUGGAGAAAGCCUGGCACAGGCUCAUGUCCGCGCUGGCGGACCGUGACAUGAUCCUCCAGCAGGAGGUCCAGCGGCUCGAGCGUCUCCAGAAGCUGGCGGAGAAGGUACAGCGCGAGUACAAGCACACCGAAACCGUGAUAACGAAGAUCGAAACGCGAAUCUCAGAGGAAAGCCGCCGCAUCGAACGGUUACACCCGGUCGAGGCGAAGAACGUCGUCGAAGGACUCGAGGGGGAUAUCCGCCACCUGGAGCAACCCCUCCAGGAGAUGAACGACGACUGCCAUAGCCUGAAGGAUGGGCGAUAUCCCCAGGCUUCCGACCUGCACAAGAAAGUCACAAAACUGCAUCAGCGAUGGUCCCAGUUACGAACAACAUUCCACACUAGUUUAGUACAAAAACUUUCCGGAUUGAGCUACCCUGUCCAGGAGACCACAAUCACGAAGCAGACGCGCGUAGUCACCGAAACACGCCAAAUCGGCACAAAUCCAUACUUCCGAGACGUACAGGAAUACACGGAGUGGUGUCAGACGAAGCUGAAACAACUGCUCACCUCCGACUACGGCUCGGAUCUGCCGUCCGCGAAGGUGGAACUGGAGCGCCACCAGCACGAGCACAAAGUGAUCGAUCAGUUCCACUCGAAGAUCAUCCAGUGCGAGCGGCACCAGAGCAACUUCUCCGGAGACGAGCUGCAGCUCUACCAGCAGAAGCUGAGCCAGCUGGAGAAAACUUACGCCGAGCUGCUGAGCACCUCGACGAAGCGGCUGGCCGAUCUGGACGCGCUGCAGGAAUUCCUGUCGGCCGCAACGGCCGAGCUGAGCUGGCUAAACGAUCGCGAGCAGAUCGAGGUUAGCCGGGACUGGGCCGACAAGAAUCUGGAUCUUUCCGCGGUGCAUCGGUACUAUGAGCGUUCCUACGGAAAUGGGGAUGAUAAUCUAAUGUCCGAGCUGGAGAAGCGCGAGAUGCACUUCGCCACGAUCCUGGACCGCGGUGAGGCCCUUCUAGUCCAGCAGCAUCCCGCCUCGAAGUGCAUCGAGGGUCACCUGCAGGCACUCCAGUCCCAGUGGUCCUGGUUGCUACAGCUAACGCUCUGCCUUGAGGUACACCUGAAGCACGCCACCGAUUAUCACUCGUUCUUCGAUGAAAUUCGUGAGGCGGAAAACUGGCUAACCAAGCGGGACGACAUACUGAACUCGAAGUAUUCCCAGUCGGAAUUUUCACUGGAUCAGGGUGAGAGUCUACUGCGGGGUAUGCAGGAUAUCCGCGAGGAACUGAACGCGUUCGGUGAGACGGUGUCUCACUUGCAGCACCAAGCCACCACCAUAGUGCCUUUGAAGCAGCGAAAACAACCAGUGAACCGACAGUACACCGUGCAAACGAUAUGCUCCUACAAGCAGGGUAACAUUUCACUCGAAAAGAACGAAUCCUGCACCCUGCUGGAUACAUCCGGGCGCGUCAAAUGGCGCGUUAAGACCGCCAAGGGAGCCGAAGGUUCCGUCCACGGGGUGUGUCUGCUGUUGCCACCGCCCGAUCAGGAAGCGAUCGAAGCUGCCGAUCGAUUGAAGCGGCUGUUCGACCGCUCGGUUGCGCUGUGGCAGAAGAAGCAGCUGCGACUGCGACAGAACAUGAUUUUCGCCACUAUCAAGGUGGUUAAGGGCUGGGACUUCGAACAGUUCCUGGCGAUGGGUGCCGAGCAGCGGACGGCAAUCCGACGCGCUCUGAACGAUGACGCCGACAAGCUGCUGGCGGAGGGAGAUCCCGCCGAUCCGCAGCUGCGCCGAUUGCGGCGCGAAAUGGACGAAGUGAACCGACUGUUCGACGAAUUCGAGAAACGUGCCAGAGCUGAAGAGGAAAGCAAACAAGCGAGCCGAAUCUUCACCGAACAAUGCAUCUCGCUGAAGACCCGUUUGGAGGAAAUGGCACGCGAAUUGGACCACAUCAUUCUGUCGCCAAUGCCACGCGAUCUGGAUUCGCUCGAGCACUCGGUCCAAAUUCUGGAAGACUACAAACGCCGGCUGGGUUUGCUGGAGCCGGAUCUCAAGCACCUCCAGGAAACAUUCCGAACGAUUACACUCAAGACGCCCGCCCUCAAGAAGAGCCUGGACAAUCUGCUGGAGCUGUGGAAGGAACUGAACACUCAAGCCGUGUUGCACGGCGAUCGACUUAAGCUGCUGGAAGGCGCUCUGGCUGGUCUGGAGGACAACGAGCAGGUUAUUUCCGAUCUGGAGGGAAAGCUAUCCCGCCAGCUGGAGCUUCCAUCGUCCCAGGAUGGGUUGUACGAAGUGUUCAAGCGGUUGUCCGCCAUUCAGGACACCAUCUCGGCCCAGCAGCCCGAAAUGGACAAGAUGAACGACUCGGCCGAUCAGCUCGGCCGGAUGGGCGUUCCGACGAAGGUUCUUGGCGACCUGAAACGGUUGCAUUCGAACGUGGAGCGUUUGAAUUCUCGGUGGAACAACAUCUGUGGGCAGCUAGCCGAAAGGCUGCGAAGUGUUGAAACAGCGAUCGGACUGAUGAAGAACUUGCAGACGAGUAUUGUAGUGGAGGAAACAUGGGUCGAGAAACAGACCGAGAAGCUGCAAGCGUUACCAACCGCUACCUCCGCUCGGGAGCUGGAUAACAUGCUGGGUGAGGCCAUGGAGCGUACGCCAAAGAUCGAACAGGUCAAUCUCACCGGGGGCCGCUUGAUCCGCGAAGCAAAGAUCUACGAUGGCAAGUGUCUGCACUACAUCGAUUGGCUUGUGGAGAUACGGCCGAGCUUCUCGCCUCCCCGGCAGGAUCUGCGGCCACCCGACGCCGACCCGGGCGCCACCGAAGUGUACUCGAGGCGGCUUGACGCGUUGAACUGCCGGUACGAAUCGCUGAUCGAGCAGCUGACCCAGCGGCUCAAGACGGCGAUCGAGGUGAAUGGCGCGGACGGAUUGCGCUAUGCCGAAAGUCUCCAGAAGCCGCUUCGAACCUAUCGGUUGGAGUUCAAUCUCGGCCGUCCGAUGAGCAGCAGCAACAAAAACGACGACGGUUUCGAGGAGCUAACGGAAGACGUCUACACCAGCACCUAUUCGGCGACGCAGAUCACAAAGAUUUCCAACAACAAUCUGGUGUACGACACGCUGGACAGCAGCAAUUCUCGCGAGAGUUCCCCCACGAAGAAAGUGAGUAAGCUCGGGAUGCAGUCGAAUGUGCAUCAUCAUCCGAACGGCGACGGGAACGCAUCGUCGGUACAGUUUACCGAGAUUCGCAGUCUGAAGCGCAUUUCGCGCACAAAUGAAGCCGUAGGCACAAAUAGCGAAAUUGAAGAUGGGGAUACGAUACUGAAUACGCCCGGAAUUGUGGACCCGGUCAGUGGUCGGAUAUUGACGGUUGGGGAAGCCAUCCGGCUGCGGAUACUGGAUGUGCGCAGCGGUCAGUUGAACGUGAACGGGGAGAGGUUAAGUCUGGAGGAAGCGGUACGGAGGCAACUGAUAGACGCGGAACUGGUGAAUAAUUUGCUCAGGCCCGGUGCAGCGCUGGAUCGCGACGGACGGCCCAUGAGUCUGCUAGAGGUGAUACAGAAGGAAAUUCUCGAAGCCGAGAACGGUUACGACAGCACGGAGAAGCGCAUCAAGGUAACGACCAGCAACAGCGAGCUAUCAUCCUCCCCUGUCAAACGCACCUCCUCCACUGUAAAAUAUAACGAAGGGGAAGCAAAAAGUAUUGUCGAUGCCAUUAAACAGGGCCUGGUCGAUGUCAGCAAUGGGCUCUAUCGUACCGAGACCGGCGAUCUAAUCACGCUGGCCGAUGCCUACGAAUGCGGGUACUUGGUUCGUAAUGAGACGAUCAAGAUUGCGCCCCACACGCUCUCGCUGACCGAUUCCAUCGGUCAGGGUCUGGUGGAUAAUGGUGGUUGGGUCAUUGAUCGUAACACUGGCGAUACGUUCCGACUGGAUUCAGCCAUCGCGAAAAACCUCGUGAAUCCCGACUUGCGGGAAAUUGUGGACACAAAGAAUGACACCAAGAUCACGGUAGCGCAGGCCCUAGAGGCAGGGAUUUUGAAUGCGAAAACGGGUCGUUUCAUGAACCCACUCACGAAGGAGAAGCUAACCUUUGCGGAAGCGCGCAAUCGGCAGCUUAUCUGCAAACCUAUGACACUGAAGGACGUUUGCGAUCUGAGUUUGUUCGACAACAAGACAGAGAAGAUCGCGUCCCCGACGAGACGCGAGCGGGUCAAUAUUCCAGGUGCUAUUAGUUUAGGAGUGUUAGAUAGUGAUAGUGUUAAGUGUGUGUACAAGAGCAAGGGUGAGUUGCUGACGCUGAAGGAAGCCCUCGAGCAAGAGAUUAUUCUGCCCUUCGAAAAUCGCUACCGUCAGCGCGAGACCGGAGAGAUGAUGACCAUUCCGGAGGCCGUCGAUCGGGGUCUCAUCUCGUCGGUCUCCAUCAAAUCUAUUUUCAAUAUUUUCGGUUUCAAAGAUCCACAUUCCGGUGAAUUUGUUUCGCUCAAUACGGCUCUGGCGAAAAAUGUGGUCCGCAAGAGCGACGAUCGCUUCCAGCUGGAUGUCGGCAAAGGGGUUCUGGUUGAUUUUGACGAAGCCGUCGCGCAAGCACUCAUUCGUCCGGAGGUACACGAAAUGCUCGGUCGGAAGAUCGGAGUGUUCGCCGAAGGGAAACACGAGCUGUCCCUGCGAGAGCUGGUUUACCACGAUCUGAUCGAUACCAAAACAGGUUUUUUGCUCGAACCGGGAACCGGCAAAGUUCUACCGCUGGAACCAGCUAUCGAGCGUAAAUUUAUUACCCCCGAGGGCGCCUUACUCCUGAUAAGCCUUUUAAAUAUUACCCUCACAACCGAAACCGUUGUGAAAACAAUCAAACGUUACGUCACGAUCACGCACACCGGCGAACAGGUCGAGUCCCAGCCCGACGUGCUGCUUUCCUUUACAGAAGCAGUCCGCCGGGGACUGAUCGACGAGAAUACCCGUACGUACCGUGACCCGUCGACUGGUAACAUUUAUUCCGUACAGCAAGCUUUAAACCAUGGCCUUAUCCUGCCCGACACGGAAGCAAUUCCGUCGCAGGAAACCAGUAGCGAAGUUCCUAUUGUUGUUAAUUCGAAAACAGCGCCCAUUCCACUGGAGUUCGAAACUCGACUCGUUAAGGGUAAAGGGGACUCCAAAACAGUUCACAUUACAACCACCUUUUUGGACAAGGAACGCAGCAGGCAAACACAAAGCUUCGAACUUCCGCCCGAUGGGUGGUCUCUUUCGGACGCAAUUGCUAGAGAUCUCUUUGACGCGGUUUCCGGAUUGUACAUCAUUCCGGGUACCGAUCGUUUGGUUAGUUUUGAAGAGUGCAUCAAGCUCAGGAUCAUCAACAGCCAGUCGGCUUUUGUGAUCGACUCGAGGAACCCUCAGUGUAAGCUCACGCUCGAUCGAGCCCUCGAGCGGAAACUCCUGGACGCUACCGGCCACUAUGCGCUGGCACAAGGUGACAAAAUCACGCUGCGAGAAGCGAUCACGCGUAAGCUGAUCAUCUUCGUACAGGUUCCGGAUGAGUCCGGUGCCACGAGCCGCACGAUUCAAGUGACCAAAAUUUCCGGUCGUCCGGAUGUUAUUGAAAUUUCUUCUGACGGUGACGAACGGACGGUACCGGUGGAAAGUUUGAGAACGCCGGAAAUCCUCAGCCCGGAACCGCUGCAGGUGGCACCGGGGGUUAUUUACGAUCCAUCGACCGCGCUCGUUAUUUUCACUGACAGCGGUAAGUCGGACAGUAUUGUUAACGCCGUUCUCAGCGGUAAAAUUGAUCCCAAUUUGGUCAAGAUCACAGACCCUAGUACGAAUGAAGUUAUGAACCUCCAGGAAGCACUGAACCGUGGGAUAAUUGAUCCCGAGGCUGGUGAAAUCAAGGGUCGUUCGGGGAAGCCGAUUUGUUUGAUUGAGGCUGCUCAAAGUGGGGUGCUUUCGGUUUGUGGAGCACCACUAGUUGCCGCGGCUGGGGCCUUCCACUUGCUCAAGACCAUGGUCGAUCCGGCAACCGGUGAGGAAAUUCCAAUCGAGCUAGCUUACGAGCGUGGCCUUAUAACCCGUAGUCAACUUCCUAGCCCAGAACGGGCGGCCUUGCGGAAGAAGCUGAGCGUGGAGAGCAACAGCCGUCGGUCUUCGGAAGGUAUCGUCAUAACAACGGUGGUCGAUUCUUCCCAACAACGGUACGAGAAGGAACCCGUUGUGUUACAGCGUAUGCGAAAAUGUGUGCUGCGCCCCCGAGAUGCUGCCGAAAAAGGCAUUCUGGACCGAGAAACCGCCGACCUGCUGGAAGAUCCCAAACUUUUUGAACAGGCGUCAUCGCUUGAUCGCGUCAUUGCAGCUGGUCGUUUGGAUGGUACCCGUGGUAGGAUUGUGGAUCCACAGCGGGGUCACGUGCUUACGAUCAACGAAGCGAUCCAUCGGGGUAUUUUGGAACGACAUGGUACGAAUAAUGUUUUCAUUCCUCUAGCGAAGUCGCUCGCUAUACCGGAAUUGAAAACGCAAGGUUUGUUGGAUGUUGAUGGAUCGAAGAUUUAUCAUCCCGAAACCGGGUGUUUGCUAACCCUUAGGGAGGCCUUGAUCUGCGAAAUCGUCGAUCCUUUGAGUGAGGUUAUGGUUCAUGGUAAGGAGAGGGUAACCCUAGAGCAAGCGAUAACAUCUCGCGUUGUUGAUGAGGACAAAUGUACCAUCAACAAUGUCCCACUGGAUCGAGCCAUCAACGAAAAUGUCUUCCCACUGCCAAAUUAUUCCCCUUGUAUUCCACCCGUGGGAAUGACCCUCCCAGUGAUUGUGAAGAGAAACCUGCUGGACGUGACCGGAAAGCAGAUCAUUCAUCCUAUUACCAAGAUUCGGAUGGGUGUCAACGAUAGCAUCCAAACGGACUUCAUAAUGGCAACUCCCUUCACGCCAAACGCGGACGCAGUCAGCCUCGACGAGGCCCUCGAUCGACAGCUGAUCAAUCCAACGAACGAAUCCUUCAAGAACCCCAAAACAUCCGAGGAACUCCCCCUGCAGGAAGCCAUCGAAAUUGGUCUACUCGAGGUAAAACCCCUUCCCCAGUUGGUUCUGGGAAUGCAAGCUAACACGGCGAUCACAUCGGUGACGGAGUCGGUCUCUUCUCAGCAUACCAUCACCACGAAAACUGUUGAAAUUCAAUCGGGCUACGCGCUGAUCUCGGCCACCGAAGUCCAGGAUGUGUCCACCGGGGAGAUCAUGUCGGUUGACGAGGCUCGCCAGAAGGGAAUAAUUGUAGACGAGCAUCAGCUCGAAGAGCAGGUGCACGACCGGGAGGUAAACAUAAGCUUCACCAGUGCCUUGCAGCGGGGUCUGCUAGAUGUCGCGAAAGGAACCUUCCGGCAUCCGAACAGUGGCGAUGUAAUGUCGAUUUCAGAUGCGGUCGAUCGAGGUUUCAUUGCCUCGAACGAUGAUGCGCUGAAUCGGUCCCCGGAGAUGGUGCAUAAAGUGGUUUCUAGUGGUUCGGAAGUGAGUAGACAGCAAACGGUUCAGGGGACAACGAACAAUAAAACGCUUGGAGAGAACAUAAAGGAUGCCGCCAAAUUGGGCGCCAUGGCCAUAGUUGGGGCGCCAAUUCUGGGUGGAGCAACGAUCGCAGGUGCAGUCAAAAAAGUGUUCGAAAAGAAGGAAAGUGAGAAGUCGGAGUCGUCGAUCAGCGUGAGCUCUUCUGAGAGUACUGUGGUGGAAACUUCGCGCGUGAGCACGAUGACUGUGAAGUCAUCGUCGUCAUCGGGUAAGGAGUCGGUUGGCGUUACAUUCCCGGGAACCGUGGGUACGAUGGAUGGUACGAAAAGAAAUGCGUCCGAAACCGUACAAAGUUUCCUGGAUUUCGAAAGGCAGAUUUCAAUGCAACGGGAACAGUUGUUGGAAACAUUGGAUGAGACCACCACAGAAUCCGAGACCUCGCUACCCAAAACUACGGGUUUGAAUGACGAAAAAGUUGUUUCUGUGCCAUCGGAAAUCGGCACUGGAUCUUCUGCGUCGAUCGAGGAAAAAACAAAUCAUGUUACUACAAUGAAGGUUACAAUUAUUGAGAAAGAACUCGAAUCAACGAGAGCUGAAGACAUUGAAAAAAUUGAUAUCAUUCCGUCUAAGGAUGUUCGGACGAAACCAAUAUCCGAAGAUGAAUCUAACAUACUGAACAUUGAGGUAGUGAGAAAAGAAGCCAUAGACAGCAGAGACAAAAUCGUUGAAGAGUUCGAUCCACAAUCGGCCGUAGACUUUAACGCCAAGCUGGAUCUCCAGAAUGUGCGGCAUAUUGAAAAAAUCGUAACAAUGAUUGAAGAAGCCAAGACUUCUGAUAAAUUGAAAGAACUCAAAUCAUCGGAUCCGAAAUCGGAAGAAAUGGUCAAAGAUAUCUGUAAACCCAAAGUGCUGCAAAUGGAAGAACACAAGGUGCUGCAGAAGGACGUGUCGAUUCAUCGCGAAUCGAUGCUACUGCUGGACAAGAAGGGAACUCAUCUCAAGUACUUCAGCCAGAAGCAGGACGUGAUUCUGAUAAAGAAUCUGCUUGUAUCCGUGCAGCACCGUUGGGAGCGUGUUGUUGCGAAGGCUGCGGAACGAACUCGUGCCCUUGACCAUGGAUACAAAGAGGCUCGUGAGUUCCACGAUACGUGGCUGCAGUUGAGCACGUGGUUGAAGGAAACCGAAACCACGUUGGACACACUGGCAGAAGAGACCAGCAAUGACGCGGCUAAGAUCAAGAAACAUCUGGAGAAAUUGCGGGAGAUUCAGCGCAGCUUGCAGUCUAAGGAGAGCUUCUACGACAGCACGAUGCGAAACGGUAAGAGUCUGAUGGAUCGUGCCCCCAAGACCGACGAACCGGUGCUGUCGAAAAUGAUGAACGAGCUGAAGGAUUCGUGGAAACGCGUCUGCCAUAAGAGUGUUGAGCGCCAACGUAAAUUCGAAGAAGCUUUACUGCUGUCCGGACAAUUUGCCGACGCGCUGCAAGCGUUGCUCGAUUGGUUGCGCAAGGCAAAGGCACGCCUCGCUGAUGACGGCCCUGUUCAUGGUGAUCUAGAUACGGUAACAACGCUGGUCGAACACCACAAACAGUUGGAGUCCGAUCUGGACAAGCGUUCCGCCCAGAUGCAGAGUGUCAUGAAGACCGGCAAAGAUCUCGAGAAGAGCGACGAAACCAGAGAAACAUCCAAGAACUUGAAGGAACUGCAGAAACUCUGGGAAGACGUUCAAAGCCUAAGUGGUCGGCGCAAAACGCGGCUCGAAGUUGCGCUGAAGGAAGCGGAGCGGCUGCACAAAUCCGUCCACAUGCUGCUCGAAUGGUUGUCUGAGGCCGAGCAGAAGCUACGAUUUGCCGCUGCCGCUCCCGAUGAUGAACAUCAGGCCAACGAUCUGCUGGAAGAGCACGCUCGCUUCAUGAAGGAUCUGCGUGAGAAAGAGUUCGAAAAGGAAGAAACACUCGGACUUGCUCAUGCGAUUUUGGGUAAGGCUCAUCCGGACGCCGUUCCGAUCAUCAAGAAUUGGAUCUCGAUCAUCCAAUCGCGAUGGGAUGAAAUUUCCCAAUGGGCCCUCAGUCGUCAAAGUAAGCUGGAAACCCAUCUGAAGUCACUGAAGGAUUUGGAUGAUUCGAUCGAGGAAUUGUUGGCUUGGUUGGUCGGAUUGGAAGCAACGCUGUUGAAUCUCGAACAGGAACCACUUCCGGAAGAGCUUCCACCCCUCGAAGUGCUGAUCGCCGAUCACAAGGAAUUCAUGGAGAACACUGCUCGCCGCCAAGGUGAGGUGGACCGGGCCUGUAAACCCCGUCAGCCUCCGCCGGGCUUGAAAGAAGCGCGGAAACCAUCUCGCGGUGUGCUCAAAACACCAGUUCGCGUGAGUCCUGGACGUGAGACCCAAACACCGGAAAGGGAUCGCUUGCCGCACUAUGGUCCACGAUUUUCGCCAAGCAAUCAACCGGAAACCGAGCUUCGAUCCCCCCGUGCCAAGCUUUUGUGGGACAAGUGGCGCUACGUGUGGAUGCUGGCGUGGGAACGCCAGCGCCGUCUGCACGAUCAUCUGCUGUACCUACAGGAUCUGGAGCGCGUCCGGCAGUUCAGCUGGGAGGAAUGGCGCAAGCGUUUCCUCAAGUUCAUGAACCACAAGAAGUCCCGGUUGACGGAUUUGUUCCGCAAGAUGGACAAGGACAACAAUGGGCUGAUACCGCGGGAUGUGUUCAUCGAUGGAAUCAUUGGAACGAAAUUCGACACCUCGAAGCUGGAAAUGAACGCUGUGGCCGAUUUGUUCGAUCGUAACGGCGAGGGACUGAUCGACUGGCAGGAGUUCAUUGCGGCUCUCCGGCCGGAUUGGCAAGAACGUAAGCCGAAAACUGACGCCGACAAAAUCCACGACGAAGUCAAGCGGUUGGUGAUGCUGUGUACGUGUCGACAGAAGUUCCGUGUGUUCCAGGUCGGCGAAGGCAAAUAUAGGUUCGGAGAUUCCCAGAAGUUGCGUCUUGUGCGUAUCCUGAGAAGUACUGUGAUGGUCCGCGUCGGUGGCGGAUGGGUAGCACUUGACGAAUUCUUGGUCAAAAACGAUCCUUGCCGAGUUGCGCUAGUGCUACCUCUCCCCAACCCAAACGAUCCGCGUCAACACGAGGCGUGUUGUCCACUGUCCAAGGGACGCACCAACAUCGAGUUGCGCGAGCAGUUCAUACUGGCCGAUGGCGUCUCGCAAUCGAUGGCUGCAUUCAAACCGCGCAUGUCCGGUUCGGCUGGCUCGGGAUCGAAUGCUACCAGCUCGCCCAUCCCGUCCCAGGGCCCGAUUGUGAAGGUACGAGAGCGUUCGUCGAAAUCGAUUUCGAUGUCGCGACCGUCCCGCUCAUCACUGUCGGCCUCUACGCCUGACUCUCUCAGCGACAACGAAGGCAGCGUGGGAACGCCAGGACGUUUCCAGACGCCCAGCCGUAAAACUUCAGUGCCAAUCAGAUCUCAGAUGACACCGGUCGGUUCGAGAACCAAUUCCAGACCCAGUUCAAGGCCGGCAAGCCGUGCCGGUUCGAAGCCACCGUCCCGUCACGGGUCGACACUGUCGUUGGAUAGCACGGAUGACGCCACCCCCUCUAGGAUUCCAACCCGUCGUAUUACCACCACCAAUACUUCGACUCCGCGACCAUCGCGAUUGUCGGUUGGAUCAACUACGAUGUCACGAACUGCGACCACCACCACCACCAAUGGUGUCUCUUCGAGGACAGCAUCGGGUGCAGCUUCGCCAGCACCAACAAGAAACGGUGGCAUGAGCCGGUCAUCAAGCAUACCAACACUAAUAGGAGUACCGAGCAGCAGCCAACGCUCUCGGAUACCAGUGAGACAAUCGUCAAACGUGUCAAACUCUUCUUCAGCCACGGGGAAAACGAGUGGAGCAUCUACCCCGUCCGGAAUGCAGACCCCACGGCGGACUUCGGUCGAACCCCAGACGCCAGGCAGCACUGCCCGGCCGGACCGUAGCUCGCGCGGCACAACGCCCAUCGAAAGACGUGCUCCGUUCAGACUGUAGGACUGCUGUCCCGCUUCCGAAGACGAACGAACGUCGAACGAAACUCGAAAUUUUACUAACCCCUCCCUGGUUGAUAGUAAUCAACUGCGCAGCAGCAGCUGGAGAAGAACACUGAUGAAGGUAAUUUAAAUGAGAGAGCGAUAAGAAGAAUACGCCGUAUUCCGUGAUGGGUACCUCGGUAGUGACCCAUUCGAAAAAAGUCGUUGUCUAUAUUACUAAUCAGUUCAAAGCAUAUUUCGUUUUGGUUUUUUUUUGUUUACGCUAAAAUUUGCUUUUCUUCGCCCGGAGAAGAACUAUAACUGCGGUACUAAUCAAUGAUGAUUAGGUUUCAAGAGGAGAGAGGAAUGUGUGUGUGUGUAUGCGACACGAGAGUAGUGAAAGUUUGUUUUUUAAUUCUUUUAGAAAAGAAAACCAGUGAAGUGAAGUGAAGUAGUAGUCCCGCAAUCGAACAGAAUUAGCUAAGAUGUAGAUGGAAUCUAAAGCUGUACAUAUUUUAGGAUAGAAACAGAAUUCAAGAUGUAAAAAGUUGUUUUGAGAACGAUAGGAAAGAAAAUCGAAGAGAGAGUUUGUAGUUAAUUGUUUGUUUGUCUUCUUCAGAAAUGGAUUCGUAUUUCUCGGUAAUAUCUGCAAUCUGUACCUUGUGGGACUUUGAAAGGACUAGUUUUUUCUGCUAUUUCAGGUGGAAUCGGACCAACGAUUGCAGAGAAUCGCCAGCCCUCCAAUUGUUGUUCUAAUUUCAAAUCGAAAAACGUGUGAGAAUUAUGGUUAACAUUAGUUCAAGCGGGUUGGAAGUGAGUCGCAUGUGUUUGCGUGACUGAAUGAUUCAAAUGUUAUUUUUGUUUUCUAUUUAUAUUUAUUAUUUAUGCAUUCUUUACUAUGCAAGUAGGAUUUCUCUUCUAGAAUUUUUUUGUAAGGCCUUGUUUUAUUCGCUCUAAAGAAGGAGGAUCGCCAGCCUCCUUCGGAGGACCGAAUUGAAACCCAGAGAUCAUAUUAUUUUCAUAUUGCAUUUGCCAAACACCAAUCCAAGAGAAACGCUUCCGAGAAAAGAUUCCCUCAAGCUAAUUUUGAAGUGCGCGAUGACGGAGAGAAAUCGCCAGUUUUCUCCGUUUUUCGCCCCAUUUUUUUUCUACGCGACCGUUUCUCGCGAGAGAUUCGAAAAUUUUGCGUUUGCAUGAAGUACUUGCCUUGAGUCCGAGCUUCGAAGUACAGAGAAAUGCCGAAAUAGUAAGAGAGUAGGAAUAAAUUGUUUAAGCAGUUAUUAAUUCAUUAACUACAAAAAAAGUCAUUUAGGUUUUGUAAGGCCACAAUAUUAUUAGUAGCGUAUUGCGAAUAAUCAGAAUAACCAAUAAGAGCAAAUGCUAAGCUGUUUUUGUAAUUGAAAUUUAAAAGUUUUUUUUAUACAAAAAAGAAAAAAAGGAAGCAAAAAAAAUGUCAUGAAAAUGGAAUAAUUCCUAGAAUAAUAUGGACAUGAGGACAGAUAACUACUACUAGCUUACAAAUUAACUUCACCAAUUACUCAGCUAUAGCGGUUACAAUUUUUAAUACAUGUGAUUCAAAAUUAACACAAGAGAAAAUCUCAUAAAAAUAAUAAACAAAAAAAUGAAUAAUCCAA